UUCACCCACACACACAGACACAGGCGCACUCUCCCUCCCUCGCUCUCUCUCCCUCUUUGUGCUGGUUGCGUGUUUUAAAGCCUGAAGCUGAAGGAACGCACAGGUUCUUCUGUGGACACCGUCAUUCAGACGUGGAUUAUUAUGGAUUUGAGGCUCGGACCUUUGGACAGUUUUGUUUCCUGACCUCUUUUCCCGGGAAAGCCAGUGUACUGAAAGGACUGACCCUCUUAUUGGGCAGAGAGGAAAAAGCAACAUCCUCUUGGGUUGAGUGGAAAACCUCCUGGAAUACCAGUGCCCUAAACGGACUGACCCUUCGCCCGUUUGUUUGGAUUGUAUUUGUGUGGAUUGUUGUCACCAUGCCGAUUCUGAAGCAGCUCGUGUCCGGCUCGUCUCAGUCCAAGCGACGCUCCCGGGCCGAUCUGACGGCCGAGAUGAUCAGCGCUCCGCUGGGCGAUUUCCGCCACACCAUGCACGUGGGCCGUGGAGGCGAUGCCUUCGGGGACACUUCCUUCCUGAGCAGCCGGUCUGGAGAACCACCUCGGGAUUCGCAACCCCAGCAGAACUCACCCAAGCAGGGCCUGCUGUCCCGCACCUUCAGGAGCAGCAAGCGCUCGCAGUCCGUCAACCGCACGGACAAGAACGAAAACACCAAAACGCCACCCUCUAGUGGCUCACCAGGUUACGUGAAGACGGCCAUCUCUCUUCCGUACCUUAACAAUGAGGAUACAAACCAGGCCAGUAGAGGAGGAGGACCCAACCUGCCCAAGAGUGUCUCUUCCAGCCCAGUCAAGAACAUUACAGAAGUUGACCAAAAGCCGGCCAGUUUUGCAGCCAGAAGCGACCCGGAGCUGGACGAGCACAACUUCGGCGUGCUGACUGACUUGCCCGUGUCUUUGUCGCCCCCUUGCGGUGGCGGGAUGAAGCACGCCGAGUCCAUCCUUUCAUUCCACGUGGACCUGGGUCCCUCCAUGCUUGGAGACAUUCUCGGUGUCAUGGACAAGAAGGUGUGGGAUGAAGCUGACUUUGGCUAUGAGGAAGAUCACAGCUUGCCCACAUCCCGUCCAAUCAGAGAGCCCGAGGAGGAGAAGGAGGCGGCGUCUCCAGUGCAUCUUCCCAUGCUUCAAGGCCGAAACGAACAGCAGCACCUGGACAGUUGCUCCAUGUCCAGCUCGGGAUCCGUGGAUGAAAAACCCAACAACCACAAUACGGACAGCGGCAAGAACAGAGCCACGGACGACAGGGAUUUCACCUACAUGGAUGAGGAUGACGAUGACGAGAUCAGAGUCUGAAGACACGUGGAAGGAAUGAGGAGAAUUUCGGAAUGUGAUUUUUGAUGGUUGUACAUGGGAAAACAGCAUAAACUGGACAAGAGACUUGGGGGCCACCUCAGACUGGACAGGCUUUUGACUGUGGAAGGUUGGAGGGCGGAAGGGUUCCUGUGUUACAGGAAUAGUUUGGUGAAAAAUUAAAUUUACACAACAUUUUUCUCCCUAACCCCAAGUGCACUCAGUCAGCCAAGACAUGUUGGUGUCUGAGGUGUGCUUCUUUGGUUUUAGCGCUGGAGCUACAAGGCUAAUGUCGCUAACAGGUAAUGGAACAUGCCAAUUAGAUGAUCUAAAUGAUCUAAAUAAACUUGCUUAUGUGGUUUCCGGUAUUCUGUGUCUAUAAAAAUAAAAACGUUUCGGUUCGUGGCUAAAGCUGCUUUAAGUCACUAUGUAGUUUUGUCAGUAUUUCCAGAUAAAAAACUAAUGAAGGAAACUUCAGACACCAAACAUGUCUUGGCUGGUCGACUUCAUUUGCGGUCAGAAGGGGGGAAUAAGUGGGGGAUUAUUGCCAAACUAUUACUUCAAGGAGAGACCAUGUGGAGGAACUAACACUACAGAUCUCAGCACUACAGUUCUUCACUCUAGAACCUGUUUCAGUAAUGCUGACUGUUCAUUACAGGUCUGUUUAAUGAUUGAGAGUCUGUUUUAAAUGUGUGUAGAGACCGCAGAGUGCAGUAACUGAGCUGAGAUGUUCAGGAGACACAAAGUGCUGGAUGAAAACUUUCCACAUGCAAACACUCAUGACCUCCCACGACCUCCGUCUGACCACGUUAACAGCUCCUCGGCCUCUUCGCUCCGUCUGCCGACCGUCUUCCCACCGCUGCCUUAAAUCGGGAGCUUCCUGUGUUUGACAGUCUGUCUCAGAGCUUUACAGUUUUCACACUAAACUGAAACCAUCAGCUUUUUGCACAGCCGUGUCAGAGAGAGUUCUCACACUUAUCUAGAACCGUUCUUAUCCCCCUUCUGCUCCUAUACGAGUGUGUAAAAAUGACCUCUCAGAAAGAGAAAUCAUUUAAAAACUAGUUAAUAUCUCUAAUAUUUCUCAUUUUGAGAUGCACUCUUAGGAAAGAGGGUUCUGUGCAGCACCAAAAACCUAAAAAGCUUUAGCAGAACCCCUUUUAGUGCUAUAUACACUCUUUAAAAAAAAAAGAUGGUUCCUCAAGGGUUCUGUAGUAAAGAAAAUGAUUCUAUGUAGAACCAAAACCACUCAUUUGCAUGCAUAAAUGCUUCUUUCCAUGGCUUUAUAGAACUUUGUUGAAAAUGGUUCUGUAUAGCACCAAAAAGGGUUCUUUUGUUAUGAUGUCAAGCAUGUAACAACAGAAGAACCCUUUUUGGUGC